AUGCUAAGAGGAAUGGCAGCCACGAUAAGAAGGAUUGUGAGCACUGCGAAAGCUCCUAAGGCCAUCGGGCCUUACAAGUAAGUUAGAUACGCUGAUACAAUGGCAGUACAUAUUAAACAUGAGCUCGUCGUUUUUGAUGAGCUCUUCACUGUACUUUAAAUACUUUGCUGAGCGAAAAAUAUUGCCAAAACUUGCAAUACACGCCACGUGACAGAAAGGCAAGAUCUAGAGCUAAAACGUUUAUGUGUCUUAGAAGUGUACAUCCGAAGUGCUUGUGCUAUCUGCGAGCCUGUGGGUAUUAUUAUGACAAAAUUGCCCCUCUCUACUCGUGAUGGGCUAGAAAACAGCGCGCGCCCUGACCCAGUGAAUCCAGGUUGAGUUUCACGUCUUGCGUUGUUAUUUUUGCAAAAGUUAAUUUCUGAGGAAAUGUCUACUGUAAGAAAGACCGUUCACACAGCAAAAGGCGUCCAACCGAUUCCUGGUGUAUAUAGGUAGAUUUUGUAAUUGAAAAGGAAUCAAAAUUAGCUCAAUCAGUAACUGAUUGCCAUGAAUUCAUAUAAUUUGUUUGGUAAUUUCAGCCAAGCAGUGAUUGCUGACAAAACAAUGUAUGUUUCUGGUCAACUUGGGCUAAACCCUGAGGUAAUGUUAUCAUUCAGGCCCUGUCCACAAGUAUCUGGAUAUUUUUGAAAACAUAAAAUUUUUCUCUGUUUUAGCCUUCCAUCCACACAUGUACAAUGUUUUUGGGUACCAAAAAUAUAGGUUUUUGAAAGCGAUGCUGAGGGUGGAGAUUUGGGAAAACGUUGGCUCAUCUUUUUCCUUUGAAAAGACAAAAACGGAGGUUUUCAGAUAUGAUGAUGUCAUACAUCAUACAGCGAAUGUCCUACAAGGGAUGCUAUUGUAUUUAGGUGGUUUUAGUAUUUAUGUGUGGAUGGCCGAUAGCAAUUCAAAUACCCUAUAUGUGGAUGUGACAAAAACAGAGAAAAAUAAUUGUUCUACUUUUUUUAGAAGACGCGCAUCCACACGUAUUCACAUAUAGGGUAUUUGAAUCAAUUUUCAAAAAUGUGCAGAUACAUUUAUAAGAGGCCAAAGUAUCUUAUCUUACCGUAAAUCCUCUCAAAUAAGCCCCCUCCCUCUAAUAAGCCCCCCCCCUUUUCAGGAGAAGAAAGUUAAUAAGUCCCCUCAUGUCUAUUAAGCCCCCCCCCCCCCCCUACCCCCAACACCUUCUCUAAUUCUUCACUGAUAAAUGAUAGACUGUAUUAAUCAAUCAUGACUGGAAAACUUCAUGUAGACUGCUCCAGGAUAGCCUGAAAUUCAUCCGAUUGCUUCAAGUCGUUUUCUCCUCUCCACUGAGGGAGUAAUAACCACUCGAAGUAAUCGGAUGAAAUUCAGGCUAGCUCCAGGAUGGUUUAUUUACCAACUGGAUUUGGAUUCUGAUCCUCAGGGGCAUGAACUCCAGCCUUCUUUUACUUGAGCUUUUCCACUUUGUAUUCUACAGUAGAAAUCGUCUGUAUUAACGGGGUGUCCAUAUUAAGUAGGUUAAAUUUAGAAAAUGUCACAAGGGCUUUCCCCAGGGACAAAGCAAACUGUCCAUUAUAAUGAGGUGACUGUAUUAAGCAGGGUUUAACUGUACUUAACUGUGCUUUUCACAAACAUGUGAAUUCUGAAGUUCAAAAGCCAACUGAUGAUUGCGUUUUUCGCUGCCGUCAAUCAUCUUAACGGACCUCUUAGGAAACAAAACUUUACUUUAACGGGUUCAAAAGGUCAUGGUUUGUGAUUUGUGAUUGGUGGAUUUCGAUCCGUCUUUGUGUUUUGGUGUUUCAAGGUUUGUUGCUUGUGAUUGUAAUAAUUAUUAUGAUUGAUGUCAGCGAAAAACACAAUUGUGAAAGCGGGUUUUGAACUUUAGAGUUCGCAUGUUUGUGAAAAGUGCAGUAAGCAAUAAGAUUACAACCGCUGCACAUUUAAAACACCAAAAAAAUAAAGAAAAUCAUGCAAGUAAUUAUUUUACAGUUGUGUGUUUAGUGAAUAUAUGAGACUGGAGUUGACCUUACCGGUACUUAUAUUUUCACCAAUGCUGUAUUUUUUCUUUCGUAGACAAUGGAGUUUGUGUCUGAUGAUGUAGUCGAACAAACCAAGCAGGUAAAGGAAUAAAUUUUUUAUACAUACAUAAUUCAUAUUUUCAUAUUGAUACCAUGUAAUUUAUUAAAUUAUUUAAUUUAUUAUAUAUAUGUACAGCAUUAGGAAAUAAAAUUUAUUUUUUUUAACGAUGUAUUUUUUCAGUCCUCGUUUAUACUAAAACAAAAACAUGUCUGUUCAUAGCAAGCGGUUAGUGACAAAAUUCUAUUUUUUACUUGCAUUAAUGUUAGGCUUUAGUGAAUAUGGGCUACAUCCUUGAAGCUGGAGGGUCAUCAUUUGACAAAGGUGCAGUUUAUUAAUUAUAUAUUAAAUUUAAUCAUACCAACUUGUAAGGAAGGCAGGACCAAAAUAAUGACAGAGUUAAAGGCAAACCUGUACUUGCCAGGGGAUAAAAAUGCGGCAGCGGGCCAUUUACACGAUGGCAUCAUUUUACUACCACUACUCUUAGACUCCUUCAGCAUGUUGCUUUCUUCUCUACAUUAGAGGUUUUGUUAUUCAAACGUCAGUGGCAUUACCAGAUAUAAAUAAUAUGGAAGGAAAAAAGAAAUGAAUUCUGGACAUCUUAGUAGUGAAAAGACUUCAUCGUGCAAAUGGCCUAUUGCCAUAAUCUCUCUAGUUUUUUUCAGUACCAUUUAUUAACCCUUUAAGCUGUAAGAGUGAUCAGCAUCAAAUUUCUCCUUCUAAUACCAAUGCUUUGUAAAACAGAAUGGUCAUGAGAAUAAGGGACAUGAUCACACAAGAUGAAUUUGCUUGAUAUUUUAUCAACUUCUCCCCACUACUUCUGUAGGAAAUGAAUAGGGCAACAAAUGAGAAUUCAAAUUUUGAUCUUGGGGUUUAAAAAGUUCAGGUACACAUGUGCACUUGAAAAGUGCAGAAGAGUCUAGUAAAACUUUUAGGUGCUUCACACCACAGAAACGAGGAUAGCUCCAGCUAUAUGAGCUACAACCUUGCAAAAAUACUUGAGACACUGUACUUUAUUUUGGCUUGAAUGGCCUGCCCAUGAUCUUGUGCUUGUGAUCCCCCUCCUUCCCUUAUAAGUUGUCGGCAAUCCAAGAUCAUGCUCAAAACUUAAUGGAACAACUUUAAAUGGAGGGGAGGAGGGAGGUGAGUAUUAUAUAUUGCAGACAUGUGACUAGCAGUGAUUUAAGUAAAAAAGGCUGGUUUUUGUCAGAGUGUCUCAAUAUUUUUGCAACUGGUUGUAGAUAUGACUUUACUCCAUCCUAUCUCUAACCCUUCCUGAAAAAACACAUACAUUGAUAUCUAUAUUUCAUGUCAUAAACAGGAGGCAGCAUGGUUGAGUGGUUAUUCGGACGCCCCAGUGUUCAAGUCCCGCCCUGACCGCUAGCUGGAUUUGUUCACGGUAGUCCCGAGUUGAAAUCCUCGGCCAUGCUUGUAAAUAGUCAGCUGGUUUGCCUCCGGCCAUUUGGGAUUCUUAACCCUGUUAAGUUUAAUUUGAAUUAUUUGUUUCAGGUAUUUGCGUGGCCCCACUAGCAUUAGUGCUAUAAAUACUACCAAGGGUAUAUAACGGAAUUAUUAUUAUUAUUAUUAUUACUAUUAUUAUUAUUAUUACUGUUAUUAUUAUCAUUAUUAUGUUCACGAUUAUUGUUGGAAAGUUAAAACCGUCUAUUUGCAGUUUAUAAUCCGCAACAACUCCUGUUAUUUUGAGUGCUGUUGACAUAGUGCUUGGUUUGGUUUUAUUGAUUCAAAACUUGCAGCAAAUUCUUUAUUGCAGUUGUGAAGACCACUGUUCUUUUGGCAGACAUUAAUGACUUUGCCAAAGUAAAUGAUGUUUACAAAACCUGUGAGUGUAUUUAAUUUUUUUAUGAUCCAUUUUCAUUAUUUUGUUUGUGUUACAAUCAUGUUGUGAAGUGAUUUGAUAAUACAGGAAAUUUUCUCAACCCAUCUUGCACCAUUAAAGGUAAAACACAAGGCAUUAUAUUACUCCUCAAGGGAUUUUUGUCUCUUUUUCUCAUAGUUUUCACCUCUCACCAACCAGCCAGGGCAGCAUAUCAAGUAGCAAACCUUCCCAAGGUGUGUCAAAGUUUUAAGUGGAAUUAUUAUCUUUUUCACCAGUGCUAACUGGUGACACACAGCCUGUCUAGAUGUGUUAAAACAAAACCAAUAGCUUUUUUCGCCUGGCGCUGGGCACAGCCCUGCUCCAGGCCAGUGCAGUGUCAAACAUUAAUUUGUGGUGGCUUGCUGUCAAGGUUGCCACAGGCAGAUAGCCCAGGCAGGGACAGUCCUUACAGUAGGUGGGUAGCCAUGGGCCAUGUAUUGUCCACUGGAGACUUUUAACAGGAACUAACUUGCUUUCUUUUACCCACCAAAUUAAAGUUUGAUCAGGCAGAGCUAGUGAUAUUAAUAAUUUUUAUUAUAAAAAUAAUAAUCGUUAUUAUUACUAGUCGUUUUUAUUUUCAUGUGACGCCACCACUGGUUUCCUCGUAAAAUGACAGCUGAGAAACUAGCGCUUCAAUUCCUUAAAACUGUGAAAGGUUUGAACCCAGGAGUCCUUUCAAAAGUAGGUUGAGUUUGAUUGUCUGGGUAAACAUAGUCCUGUUAUAGGACUGUUGUUGUUGACAGUGACUGAUGUUUCGACAACCUGUGCGGUAGUCAUCUUCAGAGUCAACGUAAGUUGUAUCAUGUCAGUCGAUGCUAUUAUACUCUGGUUAUUGAUCUGUUAUGUCAUAGUGAUGACAUGUCACUACCCAGAGCUAGCUAGUGCUUCUGAUUGGUCAUGCUGCAUGGGAAAUUUGCUUCAACCAAUCAGAAGCACUACCUAGAUCUGGGUUGGGAUGCAUCAUCAUUUCGCAGGGAAGCAAGAGGUGGCGUCAUGAAAUGUCGGCUCUCUCAGGCUAAUUUUCAUCUCGACAGCUUUUUUAAUUAUUACUAGGUGUUCACUCUUAACAACAUAAUAAUAAUUACUAUUAAAAUCAGUAUGACAGUGAUGAAACUUAUUGAACACACUUACCAUGUUCUGGUUUGGGCACGAGAAUUGUGCAUGGGCGAGGCUAGACGAAUUGCAGUAAUAUCCCAGUCUCUUCUGUUGUUUAGAUGUAAAAGCCAUGUUAAAGAACAAAAUCCUAUUUUUUAUUUUAAUUUGUUAUUUUUUGUUUUUGCUUUUUAUUUGUUCUAUGUAUGACAACAGACAUUUACAACGCAUAACAUUUAAAUCUAAACGACUUCCCUUUAUUUUCACUUUUUAGCUUGGUAAAGUCGAGAUCGAAGCCGUCGCUAUUGUUGGAGAGGUAAAAGAUGAGUAAACUCAAAGAAAGUCAUCUUAGGAAUUGUCAACAUAAAAUCAAAGUUAACCUAGUUUUGUAUGUUUUAAACUAUCAUUUUGAUGGAAACUAAAUAAAAUGGAGGUGUGGAGUGCUUGUGAAAAAUGAUAUUUGAAUUUUUUUAUUUGUAAUAGUAACAAAAGAGCCUGAUAUUAACGAAAUGCAACAACAGUUGGACCAAAGUUUUGUGUCGCUAAUCUACCAGCCUUAAUACACCUUCAUCAUCCCCUACUGGGCAUACCCUGGGUAUUUAACUCUUAACUCUUGUCUAACAAAUCCGCGUUCUAAGUCAAUUUCAGUUUGACCAACGCUUUUACCAAAACACCACUUGUCGUGAACAGUUUCAUUAAAGCAUAUAAUGUAGACUUAGACUUAAAUUAACCCACUAAUGAACAGAUCCGCAGGCCCAAAGAUUUCUCAGACUGCGAUGUAUGUUAGACUUCGUAUAACUAACGGAGCCGUAGACUUUUCCUCCAGGGCCCAGUUUUUCGAACGCCUGUUAGCGCUAACCCGGGAUUAAUUUUUUAUUCCGGGUUGUCUUUUUCUUGCGCUCGAAAAGACUUCCUCGCCCCCGCGGAUAAUUUCCUCUUUCCUUUUUAGAGCCACAAUCCGGCCUCGACGUGCAUUUCACAAAACUCCCGAAAAGUUUGGGGAAACCGUUUCUGGAAAGUCCCGGUAACUUUUCGGGCACGGAAAC